AUGAAAAACGUUUUUAAAUUUUUAUUUUUUUUUAUUUUUGCGAUUGACUCUUAUGAAGAAGUCUCAGGUUCGCUUUGGUUUCCUACUAACAGUGCAUAUGGUAUUUUUGCAGCAAUUGCUGUUCCCUUGGAUUUACCUCAUCGGAAUAUUUUCGUUUCAUAUAAUUUUGAGGCAAAUUACAAUUUGCCUUAUACAUGGAAUUUUCCACCCUAUGCGCUCGAAGCAGCAGAAGAAGAUUUAUUCGAUGUACGUAGCCUCAAUGAUGAUAAAUGUACUAAUUGUACUAUAGCAGAAUCUGAUCCAGAAGAUUCAGAAGUAGAAACAACGACUUUAUUAAAUUCUAUAGAAGAGACUACCCUUAAUGAAACUAAAUAUGAAAAAAAGACAAGAAAGAGGAAGUCUCUUUUAACACGUACGGAUUUUUAUCAUAUUUUGAAGGAUAAAUUUCAAAGAAGUGGAUAUAAUGGUGAAGCCUGUUUGUUACGUUUGAUAUGUGAAACGAACUCUUCUCAACUAGGACACAUAAAUGGAGUUUUGGGGAGUGUGAUGCAUAUAAUAUUUACGCCAACCACAUCGAUGAAAGAAAACUUGCCGAAAUCAUAUUAUCAAGCAGAAGUAGAUGGAGUGCAUGAACAAUGUCAAGACUAUGAGAGAAAAUGCAAAGAGAAUUUACUUGAUCUGAUUUCUGAACCCUUACACAGUAUUAUAGAUUCAAUGACAUUCAAUAAAUAA